AUGGACAAGAGUAAUAAUAAAACUAAAUCUGGAUAUGGUAUUGUAAAGAGGUUAUGGACAACAUAUCAAAAAGAUACACCACAAAGUCUUAAACUUAUUGACGCAUAUUUAGUAUAUAUAAUGUUGUCGGGAAUCAUUCAAUUUGUUUAUUGUAUCUUGGCAGGAACUUAUCCAUAUAAUGCAUUUCUUGCAGGUUUUAUUUCAACUAUUGGAAUGAGUUUACGUGUACAAACCAAUCCUAAAAACAUUAAUGAAUUCAAAGGAAUUACACCAGAAAGGUAA